GUAAGUGAUCUCAUGUGAUGGCAGUGUGCUGGAGUCUCAUGGUUGCCUUGCCAUUGCUGCUCUUCAGGCUAUUGUAAGUGGUCUCAUGUGAUCACAGCCUGCCUGGUGCUGUUCUGCCAUCUCUCAUGCACUUUUUAAUCAUGUUUAAUAGCUCUCCAUUUUUGACAUCCUCAGGCCAUUCUUUGUCCAGAUUGAUUUGGACCUGAAUGAUCCUCACAAACUACAUCAUGUUUUGAUGGUUUCCACACUGAUUUUGGAAUCUGCUUCUAUCCUCUUUCUAUCUUCAGCUGUCUCCAUUUGUGAAGCUUUACAACAAUCAUGCUGCAGGUUUAACAGUCUAUAUUCCAACAUCAAAUCUGUGUUCCCUCUUUCUGCUGAUCAAGCUCAUACCAAUGAUUAUCUGGCCUUUGUGCUUGAGCAUAGACUUGUUCCUUUUUCAGGCCAAGUUCAAAGGCCAUACACAGAUUGUUGAUGAAUUUUGCCAACAUCACAGCAUUGCAAUCACUGGUGGGAAAAUUUGUUGGCCAUUGCCAUCAGUGUGGAAAUCAAAUAAAUAAAUAAAUUUACAAACUGGGAACUCCUGUCUGUCAGGUAGACCCAUGCCUGGGGCUCCCUCUGCUAGCAUCUGCCUGUUUCAUUGCAUAACACUAGGUUGUCAACUUUGCACCUUCUACAUAGUUGACCAGCUUUAACCAUGACAACAUGUUUUGUGUGGUUGUUUCCAAGUAGGGACAGACUAACAAAAGUGAAGAUACUCAGGCUUCUAUUGAGAGAAGAGUGAGGUGCACAAAGGAAAAAUAAUGUGCCACAAUGACUGUGCUUAUGUAAGAUAUUACCG